GCAUGUGAAUUGAGGUUAAGAAGCAAGACAAUCUCACCACACAAGCAAGAACUUUCCUUGUUUUCAACUUCUUUUGAGAUCUUCUCUCCACUUCUCCAUUCUCAGCCUUUCUUGAUUUUCCUCUAUACAGAUAUACAACAAUGGGUUUCCGUUUGCCACGAGUAGUUCCCGCAAAGAAAUUUCUUCGGCGAUCUUUCUCCAAUUCAAAUAAAGCGGCUUCAUCGGCACUCGAUGUCCCAAAAGGCCAUUUUGCAGUUUAUGUUGGAGAGGAUGAAAAGAAGCGGUUUGUAGUUCCCUUGUCACUAUUGAACCAAGCUUUUUUUCAAGACUUGCUAGUUCAAGCUGAAGAUGAAUAUGGAUUUGAUCAUCCAAUGGGGGCUCUAACAAUUCCCUGCAGAGAAGAUGUGUUUCUUGAUCUCAUCUCAAACUUGAAUGCUUCAUGAGAGUGACUAGGAUCAGACAGAUUCAUAACUAACAAUUUUGUAAAGUUGACACUGUCAAUAUAGUAUACAGUUUUUCUACUUUUUUUUAUUUUUUUCCUUGUAGAGCGGAAAAUGGUUCCCAGAAUGAGAUAUGUACAAAGAA